ACGCUCUGGACGGCACUCUAUGGUCGUACUGAAGGGAAGAGCGAGCGCUGAGGGCUAAGGCCGCUCGUCGCUGGAGGACCCGAGCUUCCCCCGAGGGUGAGAGGGGAUAAAAUGGCCGCUGUGAGGCCGCCCUGGCCUGUCUCCCAACGCCGUGUCCCUAUUCUUCUUCGAACGGGAAGGUGAAAGCGGCCCGGAGGGGUGACACGGUGGGGCCAUGGGCUCUCAGACGCUGCAAAUCCUCCGGCAGGGAGUGUGGGCUUCCAUCACCGGGGGCUGGUACUACGACCCCCACCAGAGCACCUUUGUCAACACCCUGCACCUCUACAUAUGGCUCUUCCUGCUCUGCUUCCCCUUCACCCUAUACAUGGCUCUUCCCACCUCUCUGGUGAUAGUUGCUGUGUACUGCCCAGUUGUAGCAGCCGUUUUCAUUGUUUUAAAGCUGGUGAACUACCGACUACACAGGGCUCUGGACGAAGGAGAAAUUGUGGAGAGGAGUGCCAGUGAGUUGACUGAGAGGGUGGCAAAGGCAGAACACAGUGACAGUUCAGCCAGACGAGAGGAAAGCAAUGGACCGGGUGAUCCUGGGGGAGGGAUUGAGAUGGCAGAGUUUGUAAGAGAAGCCACUCCUCCUGUUGGAUGCAGUUCACGCAAUUCCUAUUCUGGUUUGGACCCAAGUAAUCAGGUUGGCAUGUCUAGAUAUGGAGCUGCGUCAACGAGUAAAGGGGAUACUGAUGCUGCAAAGACCUCAGAUGAUAUCAGUCUUAGCCUUGGCCAGAGCUAUAGUUUGUGCAAAGAAGGAAGUGAAGACCAAGAGUUAACUGUGGAUCAGAAGCUUUUCCGUCUGGUCUCCAAUGACUCUUUUGUCUCCAUUCAGCCUUCAAUAUCCUCUGGAGGCAAGGACUUUAAUAGGGACUUCAGUGACAAAGGCUCAAUUGCAACACACAGUCACCAUCACCAUGUUGAUCUGUCACUGUCUAAUGCCUGUGAUACAGAACUGGCUUCACUUGUUCCAUUGCAUUCGCAUUCAUACAGGAAAGACCAUAGACCAAGAGGUGUCCCGAGGACUUCAAGCUCUGCUGUUGCUUUUCCAGACACUUCCCUCACGGACUUUCCACUCUAUCAACAAAGGCGCGGGCUGGAUCCUGUUAGUGAACUUGAAGCUUCCAAACCACAUUCUGGGUCCAAAGAUUCUCUUGUAGAUAAUGCUUGUGCUUCAGGGAUUUUUCAAUUAGACUGUCUCAAAAGCAAAGGUUCCCAGCAGCUUUCAAGGACCAGUAGCGUAAAACAUAUGAAGUCUGACAAAAGCAUGGAUAGCCUAAGGAGCCUUAGCACCAGGAGCAGUGGAUCCACAGAAAGCUACUGUAGUGGGACAGACCGGGACACAAAUAGCACCGUUAGCAGCUACAAAAGUGAACAGACGAGUUCAACUCAUGUGGAGAGCAUUUUAUCGGAACAUGAGGAGGCAACUGCUAUAAAGAGAGGCCUUUGUAGUGACCCAGAAGAGGAGCAUAGUUCAGCUACUGAUAAAAGGACUAGUAGUGUGAGGACUGCUGUAGAAAGAAAUUCAGCUCAGGAAGCAAAGGAUGCCAACACAUCUGACGAUGUGCAGAGUCCAAGGGGUCUUAGCUCAUCGGCAUCUGAAGAAGCAAACAAGAACCCCCAUGCAAAUGAACUAACUGCUCAAGCUGACUGGAUGCCUGGGAAGCUCCCAGUUACUCACGAUGACCCAACUGAGAAACCAGUGAUUUUAGUAGACAUAAGAUCAUUUAAGGAAACGGGUAUUAAGCAUCGGGAUAACGAUGUACGACCCAAAUCGUCUAGUUUAAUACACAGGACAUCUUCCUCACAUAAAUCAUGUAGGAGGCGGACAGGUAAAAAACGAGCCAGCAGCUUUGAUGCUAGCAGACACAAAGAGUACGUCUCGUUUCAAGGCAUAGCUGAUACCAAACCUCACAGCACUGGUUUUUGUCAUGAUGAGGAUUCUAGUGACCAAAGCGACUUGAGCAGGACCUCAAGUGUGCAGUCAGCUCACCGUUUCAGCAGUGAUAGCUCUUCCAGCACUACUUCCCAUUCAUGUCAGUCCCCAGAGGCCAGAUACACUGCUCUAAGGACAAAAUAUCACAUCAAAGACAAAGGGGCGGAGUCUCGUAGAACCCACUUCAGUUGUGAAGGAACUAGCAAAAAACGCUCCAACCGAAGGACUACCAGCUCAAGUGGUACCAAAAGCCGUGCCAGGGUAUUAAGCCUGGACAGUGGCACUGUAGUUAGCUUGGGUGACCCCAACAGACUGGCAGCACCCGAAAGUAUCAAACCUUUAACCACUUCAAAGUCAGAUCUAGAGGCCAAAGAGGGGGAAGUUCUUGAUCAGCUGUCUUUGCUAGGACGGGCAUCACAAUUAGAAUCUGUAACUCGUUCAAGAAAUAGUUUGCCCAGCCAGGUUACUUUUCAAGAUGUAGAAGAAAGAGAAUCUGCUGUUGGAGCAGCACACACCAGCGAGGAGACGGUAACAUUCCGUCGUGAACGCAGCACAUUUAGGCGCCAGGCCGUACGGCGCAGGCACAAUGCAGGGAGUAACCCCACUCCUCCCGCUUCACUCAUCGGAUCACCCCUCAGCCUUCAAGAUGGUCAUCAAGGCCAGCAGUCAUCAACCCAGGUCAAAGUCCAGUCCCGCCCCCCUUCUCAGGCUGCUGUGCUCAGCGCUAGCGCCUCCUUGCUGGUGAGAAAUGGGAGCGUCCACUUAGAGGCUUCACAUGACAAUGCAUCUGCCGUAGGCAAUAGCAGUUUGCACGAUGAACUUGGUAAAUUUACCCCAUCUCUGUAUGAAACUGGUGGCUGUGAUAUGUCAUUAGUGAACUUUGAACCCGCUGCAAGGAGAACGUCGAAUAACCUCUGUGACACAGAUUCCCAUGUUUCAAGUUCUACCUCAGUUAGAUUCUACCCACAUGAUCUACUCUCUCUCCCUCAGAUUCGAUUAAACAGGCUGCUGACCAUUGACACAGACUUACUGGAGCAGCAGGAUAUUGACCUAAGCCCUGACCUGCAAGAUCAGAUGCAGCCACAGGAGCAGGCAGCCCACAAAGUGAAACACUACUACCGCCUCUGGAUACUGCCCAAGUUGUGGGUCGGUAUCAACUUUGACAGGCUGACACUCCUAGCCUUGUUUGACAGUUUAUUUUAGAGUGUUCAGCCUGAUUCUUCUUCCCCUAGACAUGGCCAUAACCGUAUCAUAGCCUAUAGUAGGCCUGUUUACUUUUGUGCCUGUUGUGGCCUUAUUUGGUUACUGGAUUAUGGAAGCAAAAACCUGUCAGCCACCAAAUACAAGCUGUAUGGAAUGGCCUUCACCAAUCCUCUGCUUCUCAUAUCUGCCAGGGAUUUAGUAAUUGUGUUCACACUAUGUUUCCCAGUUGUGUUCUUCAUCGGUCUCCUGCCUCAGGUGAACACUUUCGUCAUGUACCUGUGUGAACAACUGGAUAUACAUGUGUUUGGUGGAAACGCUACCACCAGCCUGCUCGCAGCACUUUACAGCUUUAUUCGUAGCAUUGUGGCGGUAGCUUUACUUUAUGGACUGUGUUAUGGUGCUCUUAAGGAUCCUUGGGAUGCCCCGCAUGUUCCUGUAUUGUUUUCUAUUUUCUGUGGUGUGUUAGUUGCCGUUUCUUACCAUCUCAGCAGACAAAGCAGUGAUCCCUCUGUCCUCAUCUCUCUGGUGCAAUCAAAAAUCUUUCCAAAUAAUGAGGAUAAAAACCCAGAAGACCCUCUGUCAGAAGUGAAGGACCCGCUUCCAGACAAGCUGAGGAAUUCUGUUAACGAGCGACUGCAGUCUGACCUGGUUGUCUGUAUAGUGAUUGCAGUUUUGUAUUUUGCUAUUCAUGUCAGCACUGUGUUUACAGCAUUACAGCCCGUUCUGAGUUACGUUCUCUAUGCAGUAGUUGGUUCAGUUGGUUUCUUAACUCACUACAUUCUACCGCAAGUACGCAAACAACUUCCCUGGCACUGCUUCUCCCACCCGCUGCUAAAAACUAAGGAAUAUUACCAAUUUGAAGUUCGAAAUGCUGCUCAUAUGAUGUGGUUCGAGAAGGCUCAUGUUUGGCUGCUUUUUGUAGAGAAGAAUAUUAUUUAUCCUCUGAUAGUUCUCAAUGAACUGAGCAACGGUGCCAAGGAAAUAGGCAGUCCGAAGAAACUUGGAGCUGAGGUUGGUGCAUUGAUGAUCACCAUUGCAGGGAUGAAGCUUCUAAGAUCUUCAUAUAGCAGCCCCACCUGUCAGUAUGCCACAUUCAUCUUCACAGUACUCUUCUUUACAUUUGAUUACAAGGACUGCUCAGAGAAACUUCUGCUGGACCUCUUCUUUAUUACAAUAGUUAUUCUACUGUUAAGACUUUGGGAGCUGUUCUACAAAUUACGUUUUGUCUACACGUACAUUGCUCCAUGGCAGAUUACAUGGGGAUCAGCAUUCCAUGCCUUUGCCCAGCCAUUUGCUGUACCUCAUUCUGCAAUGCUUUUUGUCCAGGCAAUUGUAUCUGCUUUAUUUUCAACACCUCUGAACCCUUUCCUUGGAAGUGCAAUAUUUAUUACUUCAUAUGUGCGACCUGUCAAGUUCUGGGAGAGAGACUACAACACAAAGCGUGUGGAUCACUCAAAUACACGACUGGCCUCUCAGCUUGACCGGAAUCCAGGGUCUGAUGACAACAACUUGAAUUCAAUAUUUUAUGAGCACCUGACACGCUCUUUACAGCACAGUCUGUGUGGGGACCUGCUGCUUGGACGCUGGGGUAAUUACAACACAGGAGACUGCUUUAUCCUUGCCUCAGAUUACCUGAAUGCCCUGGUCCAUCUCAUUGAAAUUGGCAAUGGCCUUGUCACCUUUCAGCUCAGAGGCCUGGAAUUCAGAGGUACCUAUUGCCAGCAACGAGAGGUGGAGGCCAUCACUGAAGGUGUUGAGGAGGAUGAAGGCUUUUGUUGUUGUGAACCUGGACACAUUCCCCACAUGCUGUCUUUCAAUGCAGCUUUUGGGCAGAGAUGGCUGGCUUGGGAAGUCUUGGUGACAAAGUAUGUCCUGGAAGGUUACAGCAUCACUGACAACAGUGCAGCCUCCAUGCUUCAAGUGUUCGACCUCCGCAGAAUUCUCACCACUUACUAUGUUAAGGGCAUUAUCUAUUAUGUAACAACCUCACCAAAACUGGAAGAGUGGUUAGCCAAUGAGACAAUGCAAGAAGGUCUUAGGCCAUGUUCUGAUCACUGUUAUGUGGAUGUGGACCCCACUUUUAAUCCAAAUAUUGAUGAAGAUUAUGACCUACGUUUGGCUGGCAUUUCUCGGGAGAGCUUCUGUGCAAGUUACCUGAACUGGAUCAAGUACUGUUCUUCCCGGAGAGAAAAGCCUAUUGAUGCAGACAAAGAUUCCGCCUUGGUCACUCUGUGUUAUGGCCUUUGUAUAUUGGGAAGAAGAGCCCUUGGAACAGCUUCUCACCACAUGUCUAGCAAUUUGGAGUCAUUCCUAUAUGGUCUACACGCCUUGUUCAAGGGAGAUUUCCGCAUUUCGUCCAUCCGCGAUGAAUGGAUUUUUGCUGACAUGGAAUUACUCAGAAAGGUGGUAGUCCCUGGAAUCAGGAUGUCACUAAAACUUCACCAGGACCACUUCACCUCUCCAGAUGAGUAUGACGACCCCGCAGUGUUAUAUGAAGCCAUCAUGAAUCAUGAGCAGAAUUUAGUGAUUGCCCAUGAAGGGGACCCAGCCUGGAGAAGUGCAGUCCUCUCAAAUUCUCCCUCACUGCUGGCCCUGCGGCAUGUCAUGGAUGAUGGAACCAACGAAUAUAAGAUCAUCAUGUUGAACAAGCGCUAUCUCAGUUUCCGGGUUAUUAAGGUAAACAAGGAGUGCGUUCGAGGUUUAUGGGCGGGACAACAGCAAGAACUUGUUUUCCUUCGGAACCGCAACCCAGAAAGAGGAAGUAUUCAAAAUGCAAAACAGGCUCUCAGGAACAUGAUCAACUCUUCUUGUGACCAGCCUAUUGGAUAUCCUAUUUAUGUAUCCCCACUGACCACCUCCUACUCUGACAGCCAUGACCAGCUCAAGGAAAUUCUUGGAGGGCCAAUCAGUGUGGUUAAUAUCAGGAAGUUUAUUGUAUCUACAUGGCACAGGUUACGAAAAGGUUGUGGUGCAGGAUGUAAUAGUGGUGGAAAUAUUGAAGACUCUGAUGCUGGAGGCGGGACCUCCAUAAACAGUAACAAUCCUUCAAAUGCAAAUGAUACUCAAAGUAGUUUAUCACAAGGGGGAAUCCCAGGAGGUACAGGACAUGUACAGACGUCACGCCUUCAACCUCCAGGAGUCCCCCACCCAUCAACACUAGGAACCAGCCACAGUUCCCACUCCAUGCAGUCAAGCCUUGUCAGACAUUCCCCUGCUCGCGGCUCUGUAGCGAGUCAAUCAUCUUAUUGCUACAACAGCCGUCACUCAUCACUUCGGACAUCCAACACAGGAUUUGUGCCUUGUAGGCGCUCCUCUACCAGUCAGAUUUCUCUCCGCAAUCUUCCCACAUCCAUCCAGUCCCGCCUUUCCAUGGUAAACCAAGUAGACCCCACAUGCCAGUCGGUCGUGGUAGGCCUUCCUUCCUCCAGCAGCUCCAGCCAGAGUAUCCCAGCAUGCAAGCGGCACACGUUAGUGGGAUUUUUGGGAACAGAAGGAGGGAAUAACCUCACUGAAACACAAUCUUGUGGAAAUUCAAGUCCAGCAACACAUUCAAGAGCCAAAAAAGAAGAUGUUGUAUAUAGAGUGCAGAUUGUGGAUCCAAGCCAGGUGCUUGAAGGAGUCAAUAUGUCUAAAAGGAAAGAGCUGCAGUGGCCAGAUGAGCUGGUGCGGCUAAAAGCCGGAAAAAAUAGCUGGAAGGACUGGAGCCCUCAGGAAGGCAUGGAAGGCCAUGUAAUUCACCGCUGGGUGCCUUGCAGCAGAGACCCUUGUAAUAGGUCCCAUAUUGACAAAACAAUCCUACUGAUUAAGAUUGAGGACAAAUAUGUGGCUGUGAUUGAGACUGGGGUUCUUGAGCUUGGGGCCGAAGUGUGAGCCUGCCUUUCAGUCAUCUUUUCAAGCUUACAGAAAGGAGAGAACUUUUACUCUUUUGGGACUUUUAAGGGCUCCGAUGCAGCCCCAGACAUGUACAAUGAUUUUUCUGAGUUUUUGUUUUAAGCAUCUGUGGAUGUUCACUUGCAUAAAAAAAAAUAUAAAGCCAGAAAGUUAUAAGACCAUUAUCUUAAAUGUAGAAACAAAAUAAUGCUAUGCAUUUCAUAUGCUUUAAGUCAGAAACUUAUUGUAUUUCUCCAUUCAGAAUAUGAUCUUCAUAUUUUUCUAAUUUAUUUGCCAAAAAUAAUUGCCAUGUCUCACGUUGUAGCAUGUUGUCUUAUUUUUUUCCCUUUUACAGUCAUUUUUCUCCCAACUGUGCAUAGACAUCCACUUUUCUGCAAACCGUAAAAUAUUUUAUAAGCAGCAGG